GAACGCUCCUACUACAGGCGGCUGCCCCUCCCCCGUCUCCUGUUCCCACCCCGGGCAGAACUCCUAGGCCAGCUGGGAGCACUCGGUAGACUGAGGUGCCUGGGAGGGUGGUGCGCUGCUGGUGGAACAGAGCAGCCGCCGGUGCCACCCCGGGGGAGAGCGCAAGAGGUCAGAACGCCGCCGGUGCUGCGGAAUGGGUAGCUGCGGGCGGCAGCAGCAGUAGAUGCUUAGCUGGUGGCAGGGAACGCGGUCCUGUUGGUGUUGAGAGGACACCCCAGGGCAGCAGGCUGGCUCCACGGGCUGGUGCUGGCUUCGUUUCUCUCGGCGACACAGUUCCUUUCACGGGAUUUCCAUGUGCUGUUCAGGUCCGCGGGCCAGUUCAGUCACGGGCUGGUGUCUGCAGGGUCACACCAGCGAAUGCAGUGGUGGGGCGCUACUUCAGCCAGAGUCCGGUGGAAUGGAACUGGUGCUUGGCCUCUGCCUCGGGUUUUCAUGAAAUGCUUUUGGCUUCGACCUUCUCACGACAUACACAGCGAUUAUGCUGAGUUGAGAUGCUGCAUUUGAGAAGGAAUGUCUGGGGGGCCUUUUUGCUGAGUCUGCAGUGAUGUUUGAUAAUUGAACCACAUCCCGGCUUGUGGAGGACAGCGUACUAGUGAAGAGGUGUUAGGUGUACUACUGGUGUCCAAAAGUUGUGUGCACACCAGUCACUUCUCUGGAAUUUAUUAUCUCUAUGGCACACCUGUAGAUGCCAGUUUUCCUCAUGGUUGUGCUAAGAAAGGGAAACUCUGCAGUAUUCAAGCUGGUAACUGUGUUAGGUUCUGCUGUAAACCCAUAUGUUAUAAAAAAAGGUAGUCCUGUGCAGAACAGAGAAGGAAGUUACUGCCUGGACCAGCAAAAGCUGCUUCCUGCACCUUUCAAAAAUUAUUAAGAAGAAAUUUAGUUAAUUUAGUCAUAAUGCAUUCAGAUUGUGUAAGUUGUAACCCUAUGUUGUGACUUUCAAAUCGUGAUUAGGACAAUCUGUUCUUUCAAAUUCUUAAUUAGUACAUGCCUCUUUUGGGUUUUGUAGUAAGGUUUUAGUAGCUGAGAGGCUGCAGGAGUUUAUUCUGUGAGAAAACACAAGAAGCUACUCCAUACAGGACAAAGCCUGUUCCAGCCAGCUCCAAGAUGGACCUGCUGCUGGCCAAAUAACCUAUGUAAGAAAGGCUAGAAAACACUGGGCAACAGCAGCUGUGAGAGAGGAGUGAGAAAAACAGCCCUGCAGCCACCAUGGUCAGUGAAGACGGAGGAGGAAGAGGUACUUCAGGUGCCAGAGCAGAGAUUCCCUGCAGCUGGUGCUGAAGACUAUGGUUAGGGAUAUUGUCCACCUGAAGAUCAUCAAGGUCCACAGUGGAGCAGAUGGAGUGCCUUGAGGGAAGCUGCAGCCUAUGGAGAGCCUGUCCUGGAGCAGACUCUUGACUGGACCUGUGGCCCAAUGGAGACAGAAGCCCAUGCUGAAGCAGGUUUGCUGGCAGGACCUGUGGACCAUGGGGGACCCGCACUGGAGCCGUAUGCUCCUGAAGGACUGCACCUUGUGGGAGAGACCCAUGCUGGAGCAGUGAAAGAGUGUGAGGAGAAGGGAGCAGCAGAGAUGCAGCGUUGUGAGCUCACCACUGUCCCCACUGUUUUUUCCCCUAUGCUGCUUGAGGGGAAGAGCAUCAUGGAUUUUCCGGGACAUUUUGAGCAAAUCUUUCAGCAGCUCAACUACCAGAGGCUUCAUGGCCAGCUUUGUGACUGUGUCAUUGUGGUGGGAAAUAGGCAUUUCAAAGCCCAUCGCUCUGUUUUGGCAGCAUGUAGCACACAUUUCCGAGCUCUGUUUACUGUAGCAGAAGGAGAUCAGACUAUGAAUAUGAUUCAGCUGGACAGUGAAGUGGUGACAGCAGAAGCUUUUGCUGCUCUGAUAGACAUGAUGUAUACUUCCACACUAAUGCUUGGGGAGAGCAAUGUUAUGGAUGUCUUGCUGGCAGCUUCUCACUUACAUUUGAAUUCUGUUGUUAAAGCAUGCAAGCACUACCUUACUACCAGGACACUGCCAAUGUCUCCGCCAAAUGAUAGAGUUCAAGAGCAAAAUGCACGCAUGCAGAAGUCUUUCAUGCUGCAGCAGCUUGGACUAAGCAUUGUGAGCUCUGCCUUAAAUUCUACUCAGAGCACAGAGGAACAAUCAAAUACUAUGAGUUCCUCUAUGAGAAGUAACAUUGAACAGCGCACUACUUUCCCUAUCCGUCGUCUCCACAAACGUAAACAGUCUUCUGAAGAUCGGGCCAGGCAGCGCAUUAGGCCUACCAUGGAUGAGUCUGUUUCUGAUGUGACUACAGAAAGCAGGCAGUCAGUAGUUCAUUCACGGGAAGACUUCUUCUCACCAGAUUCACUGAAGAUUGUGGACAACUCUAAGGCUGAUGCUGUUGCUGAUAACCAGGAGGAUAAUACUAUUUUGUUUGAUCAGUCUUUCAGUACUCAGGAAGAUGCCCAAGUGCCCAGCCAGUCUGACAACAGUGGAGGAAACAUUUCACAGAUGUCUAUGGCAUCCCAGGCAACACAAGUGGAAACCAGCUUUGACCAGGAGGCUGCUUCUGAGAAGAACAACUUCCCAUGUGAGAAUCCAGAGGUCAGCCUGAAUGAAAAAGAGCACAUGAGGGUGGUGGUGAAGUCUGAGCCCUUGAGUUCCCCGGAGCCUCAAGAUGAGGUGAGUGAUGUCACUUCCCAAGCGGAGGGGAGCGAGUCUGUUGAAGUGGAAGGAGGAGUAGUGAGUGCGGAGAAGAUAGAACUGAGUCCUGAGAGCAGUGAUCGUAGCUUUUCUGACCCACAAUCCACUACUGAUAGGGUGGGAGACAUCCAUAUCAUGGAGGUAUCAAAUAACCUGGAACACAAGUCUACCUUCAGUAUCUCAAAUUUUCUAAAUAAAAGUAGAAGUGGUGGCUUCAGUGCCAAUCAAAACAGCGAUGACAAUAUUCCAAAUACCACCAGUGACUGCAGAAUGGACAGUGAUGCCUCUUACCUAAUGAGUCCAGAGUCAGGGCCUGCUGUUGGCCAUUCAUCUGCCACUGUCUCUCAUGUCGAGAAUCCAUUUAGUGAGCCCGCAGAUUCUCAUUUUGUUAGACCAAUGCAGGAUAUGAUGGGUCUCCCCUGUGUACAGACUUCUGGGUACCGUGCAGCAGAACAGUUUGGCAUGGAUUUUCCACGGUCAGGCUUAGGCUUGCACUCCCUGUCAAGGGCAAUGAUGGGCUCAGUAAGAGGUGGAGCUAACAGCUUUCCUGGCUACCGACGCAUAGCCCCCAAAAUGCCUGUAGUGACCUCCGUCAGGAGCUCCCAGAUGCAAGAUAACUCAUCCAGUUCCCAGCUGAUCAUGAAUGGGACCACUUCUUUUGAAAACGGGCAUCCAUCGCAACCUGGUCCACCACAGCUGACACGGGCAUCUGCAGAUGUCCUUUCAAAAUGCAAGAAGGCUUUAUCGGAGCAUAACGUCUUGGUUGUAGAAGGUGCACGCAAGUAUGCAUGCAAGAUCUGCUGCAAGACGUUUUUGACCUUGACAGACUGCAAGAAACACAUCCGUGUGCACACAGGAGAAAAGCCUUAUGCCUGCCUCAAGUGUGGCAAGCGGUUCAGCCAGUCCAGCCACCUGUACAAACACUCCAAGACAACCUGCCUGAGGUGGCAGAGCAGCAAUCUGCCUAGCACUUUGCUUUAACCUUAUCCACACCAGGCCUGAAGGAGCAUGCCAGUGCAGACAUCUAGCUCCCUGAAGUACCUGAACAUAAGCACUGUUUUCUUGAAGGGUUCAGGGUUAGAAGCUGCUCUGAUCAGUCAGUGAACACAACAUAUGAUUUUGCCACACACACAAAAGUCUUGGUUCUAUAAAUUGGGGAUAUUACUGUACCUACCUCACAGGGGUGUUGUGAGGCUUAAACAGCUGUAAGCGGAGAACUUGAGGAUCAUCAGAAGUCACACUGUAGACGUGUGAUUACAGUGAUGUACAUUCAGGCCUUGGGCUGAUGGGGAUAAAAUCAAUGAAGCUCAGCAGUUCCUUUGCAGGGCAGAGGAGUGAGAGCAUAGUUAUCUCAAGAAGUAGCAAGUUUCAAGAAUGAGAAACUGAAGUGCAAAUUUCCUCUUUUUUCUUUUUUUUUUUUAAUUUUUCCCCCUAAAGUAUUUUGUAAAACUUCAAGCAUUUAAAUAAAUGACCUGUAAACCAAGUUGUUGCAUUAUGUGUGGACAGUAAUGCAAGCACUGUUUACUGUAACUAAUGCAGACCAUGUAUCUUAAAAGAUAAAACUUUGGAUGCACCUGUCUGACAUAAUGCUUUAAAAUAUGCUAAUUAUAAGGAUAGUUUUAGGGUCAUGAAUGUAUGUUUGGCUGUUUUGUAGUAAAGGACACUGUGUAAUGAAGGUGCUUAAAUUAAAUCCAAGACAAGUAACUUUUGGACUGCCAGAUGUGUAUAUGAUUUGAAUACAGCAAAAUCUGGGUGUUUGAUUUUUUUUCUGUAGAAACUUGUAGUAAGUGAUAAGUGAAGUACUGUUUCUUGUUCGUGCUAUUAGCAGUAUCUUAACCAAUUUGUAUCUCCUAUGUUAAAAUUCUAUAUACACAGAAGUCUGAAAAGAGCUUGUCUUUGUCUGCUUUGUUAUUUUGAAGGAGAGAGAUAAUUUGUGAUGGCUUUUUUACUGUGUAAGAUACUCUCUUGCUGUUUCCAGAUGCUGAUAGUCAAUCUAAUCCCUGUUAUUGCAGAAACAUAUUGUUUUUUUUUCUGAUGCUUGUAUCUUUAGGCUUUAAUUUUUUCCUCUGUACACUUACUUUUCUUCACAAUUGUGGAUUGUUCCUCAGGUCAAACCAGUCAGGGAUAAUCCUCAUUUGCCAUAUUUAUUUAUGUCUUUAUAAAAUGUAGUUGUCAAAUCUAGUCCUUCCUGUUAAAGCAGUGUCAAAAAUGUACUUUUCCACAUACAUUUGUAAAAAAAAAGUAACAUAAAUUUAAUUUAAAAAAAUAGCACUGUACACUCUGUAUAGUGAAAUUCAGUGAUCAUUAUUCUUCAAGUGAGUUGUGUAAAUCUUGCUUUAAUUUCCUUUUCUUUCACGCUAUUGUAACUAACACUGUCUGCAGUGGGGUUUUGUUUUUUUUUUAUUUGCUUGCUUGUUUGUUAAAGAUACACAUGAACUAACUACAGGCAUUCAACAUAAUAGGUUUCUAAAUAAAAUUUUGGGGCACUUCUGCUGAUAAAUACUGCCCUGCUAUAUAGGAGCUGGGUCAGAGGUACAGCAUGUCCUUUCUACUCAGGAGAGACAGGAUUUACAUUUCCUAGUAUCUAAGUCACAGAACAACAGCUUCCCAUUAAUAUUAAAAAAAGAAUGGCAAACAUUCUCUUUUUUUAUUCUGUGUAGCAAAUGUAUCCUGUGUGAUGAUAUUCAGCAGUUUUAUGGAAUUCGUGCUACCUUAUAGUUAGCUUUCUUAAACAUCUUGGAUUUAUAUUUAGAUAAAAUGAAAAUAAAGUUCUAAUCCACAGUUCUGUAGGUCAUUUAACAGAAUUAUAUCAAAACUGUUGAAGCACAGAAACCAAACAAGUCAGUAAACUGUCACAAACCAAAGGAAAUAUGGAAAUCUUUCUGUACCUGGCUUUAUGUGAAACAGUAGUCUGCUAAUAGGAAAAUGUGUCUUCAUCUCUAAUUACACUGCUUCAUGUUGAAAAAAAUUGCCAGAUGUCUGUCAAAGUGUCAUUUGUACCUUGAGCAUCCAAGGUAAACGGGAACAUAGAAACAGUGAAUGACUGGAUUAAUUAGUUUAAAAUAUUAGAAUUUGUCAUAGGAUUUAUUUAAUGGUCAUAUUUCUGGCUCUUGAUUUUAUAAGCAUUAAUGAAAUGUACUGCAUUUUUUUAAAGCAUUAGGAUAUGCCGUAUUUUAAUUGAUAAUAAUUUUGAUAUCAGGGGACUAACAGCAUUGACCUAUACUAAGCAAUCUCACUGAAACAUUAAUAAACUGCAGUAUUUUGUACUUCA